AUGGGCCUCUCAUCCCGAAGCUUCAUUCAGCUUCACGCUCUUUUCCAAUUCUCUCUUGCUGUCUAUCUAACCUGGACCCCGGAAACCGUUGUUGAUUCCGGCUUCAUCUUCACCUUUCGAGAUCAGCCGAGGAUUGCGAACAUCCCACCUUUCACCCCUCCCCGCUCGCCUUUCGCCUACUGCGGUGUCAUUCUUCUCAUAUUCGCUUUGUUUGACCUGAGUCUUACACUGAACCUUCCCUCCAUGAACCGCCUCCUUACCGUUGCCAGUUGUGUUCGCCGUGACCAUAGAGAACCGGGUGGAGUUGAGCGACCAGACUCUGCCGAUCAACAAAGGGGACAGAGGCGGGGCAGCGAGAUCUCCCAUGUUACUGCUGAAGUGAUCAAGGUAGCAUCUGAAUUUUCCGCGCUAUAUCGCCAUAUAUUCACAUACCUUACCGUCUUGCGAUUUUGUAUCUAUUUUAUUGUUUCAGCGAAGAUUUUCUCGUUGCCAGAGAGUGCGUGGGUGGGGAGAGCCAGGUCUGCAGCGCCUGGCGCCCCCAGCAACCCCACGGAUAUGAUAACAAUUGGCGAUUUGAAAUGGAAAAUUAUUCUAGGGUACGGAUUUAUGGAGGUGUCAUUUUUUUCCUGGGUGAGAUUUUAA